AUGAUCCUACCGCGAGCAGCAAUCCUGCUCUUCGUCCCCGGGAUCCUCAAGUGCCUGGAGAAGCCAUGGGCUCUCAAGAACGCGACGGUGGCGAGCAUCAUGAACUCCUCCGAUUCACAGCUGGAAGAAGCAACCCUCGACGAAGACGACGCGCAGCAGAAGGAGAAGGACAUCAACUCGCAGGAGAAGUACGUGCAGGCCGCAGCCGAGACCGUCGCCAACCCGGUGACCCAGCCUGUGGAGGACGAUUUGGCCGACCAGCCGUACCACCUCUUCGUGGACCGCGGCCACCCCUACUCCAUCCGGCUCCGGAACCUGGGGCUCGUGGCGCCGCGCUCCGCGAGAGCCGAGUCAGCCGAUGUGCACGACCUGCUGCGCGCCGCCGUCACGCUGGUGACGCUCGUGGUCAUCAGGCUGUUCCAGAGGAGGCACCGUGGCGCGUACGACCGCGCCGACGUCGUCGUCACCUACGUCCAGCUCGGCUGCACCGCCGCGCUGGAGUUCGUCUCGGCGUGCCUGGUGCUGGCGUCGGGCCUGCCGCGGCCCGACGACAAGCUCGCCCAGUACAACCUCGUCGGCUACCUCGCCCGCAACGAGAAGCACCCGUGGUUCUGGGCGCUCCCCCGCCUGCUGGGAGCCAGGGUCCUCCUGGACAGGCUCUGCUGCACGGCACCGCCCCAGCCGUCCGUCGGCAUCACCAGGCUCGUCUACGACCACGUCGCCGGUGGGUGGAAGGAUUACAUAUCAAAAUCUUUGUACAAGUGCGACGAUGCCGCCGGCGAACGCACUCCAACCGACGGUGUGGGAGCCUACCGGCGGUUCAACGACAGCCGCGGCCAGUGGACUCUGCAGAGGGAGGGAUGCCGCGACCGCGAUCGGAUUCGGAAGGCCAUCGAGGAGAGCCUGCGGAUGCCCUUCCACGAGAGCGUCCUGCUCUGGCACCUCGCCACGGAGUUCUGCUACUUCGACCACGUGGACACCGGCCACGACGCCAUCCGCCACAGCAGGAUGGUGUCCAACUACAUGGCGUACCUGCUGUUCGUCGAGCCGGAGAUGCUGAUCCCCGGUGUCAGGAGCUAG